GCAGUGAAAGAAGCGGUACUCUCGUACGUUUGUAUAAUGGAGAACGUGUUCUCUUUGAGCGAUGCAACAUGUCAUCUGCUCAGUACGCUUUCAGAAUUGAUGGUAGAGUUAAGACUAUUUCUCUUAGGGACUGUAAAUUCAAAGACAAUUAUUAUGCUAUUUAUGAUUAUAACUUGUUUACCUCGGCGACACUAAAUAUUGAGGAUUGCACAUUCAAUUCUGUACCGUAUCCUAUAUACAAAUACGUACAUUCAAUAGAUCAAAGUACACGUGUAUAUAGAUCUUCAUUCAAAGAUUCAUAUGGAGCUCGAUUCUACAGACGUGUGCAUAACAUCUUACUUGAUGGCUGCAAUUUUCAAUCGAUGACAUAUGGUGUACGUAUUUACUUGCGUUAUUAUUAUUCAUAUAAUAAUAACGCUUCAGUAUACUUACAUGAUAUCGGUUUUCAAUCCGUGAGGCAACCAUUGUAUGUAGAAAUGUAUGCCACAGACAAUUCACCCUCAACUGAAGAAUGGAUUGACUUACGUGUGAGUGAUUGUGUAGUUGAAGGUAGUGAUGUCUUUCUGGAAACAUAUAUUUUUACGGAGACAGUGAAUAUUAAAGUUAGCGUGGUAAACAAUAUAGUAAUUUACAGUAAAAAAGCUAUUUUGAUGACGGUUAAUAACAAGAAUGUAAUCGGCAAUUUAGAAUACGUGGUUAACAUUGUAAACAAUACCAUAAGUAACAACACCGCCGAUGAUUGUAUUAUUGAUGUUGGUAGGCCUGGAAAAUACCCUGUUUUAAUGACAGACUUAGCGCAAGUUCACUUAAGAAAUAAUGUUAUCCAGCACAAUGUUAUAACAAGAAGACAUUUCCUGGAUAAGUUUUCAUGCGGGUUAAUAUUGGGUGUUCGCACAGCAACCCUGUCUGGAAAUGUGUUUGAUAACGCUGGAAUCGAAAUGGAAAUCUGUAGUGCACAUGUCUUUAAUGACCCGGAACAUUUCAUUGACGCAAGAUCCAACCGGUGGAGAACAAGUGAACAUACUGUCUUCCGCCAGAAAAUUUUCGACAAUGAAGAUUGGAACAACCUUGCAUACAUAAUGACUAGAUCACGUGGUCAGAACACCAUUUCCGACAAAUGUAGUUCCUCGAAUAUCGGUGGACGAAUUAAUGCUACGUGUCACCUUAAGGUAGGUAAUAGCCCAUAUGUAGUAGAAUCUGACAUCACAAUCCUACCAAAUGCAGAAUUGAUAAUAGACCCUGGUGUAACUUUAUUUUUGAAUGAGGAUAAUGGUAUAACUAUCCUUGGAAAACUAACCGCAGUAGGAACCCCAAUCAGCAGAAUAACAUUUAUGCUUAACAAUACAAACAACUCAAACGAUAAAAACAAGAUACGUUUGAUACAAAGUACUAGUCGUGUGCAAGGCGUGAUCCAGGUUUUUACAGACGGUGAAUGGAAAUCGGUCAAAACAUACUAUUUCGGACAGGAAGAAGCUGAGGUUGCAUGCCGUCAACUUGGUUAUUCGUAUGAACGGUAUGAAUCCUCAAAUAUCCAUAUCAACUCCGAGUCAUACUUGUCUAGACGAUGGUAUUGCAAUGGACACGAAUUGAGUUUAUUUGAUUGUCCAUAUUAUUACGACCGUUAUUAUUACUGGUACAACAACGUAUGGCUGGUUUGUAAAAGUUCGAACUGGGGAAAUAUUCAGGUGUAUACUGAUUCAGAUUCAGAAAUAUCCGCCAUACAAUACGUUGAUAUAUUGAAUGCUGGAAAACUACAUGGUCUUGACGGUGUUCCUGUAAUAUAUGCGUUCGGACCACAGAUUCCACUAAUUGAAAACAUCCAUAUUGAGAACUGCUACGGACAUGCGAUUUUAAUCGAUAGUACAACAGCGCUUACUAUUACAGGGAUUACUUUGAUACAGUGUGAGUUAGGUGUAUCAUCCAGAAUAUAUUCGGCAGCUAAUGUUCGUGAAUGUUAUUUUGACGACAUAUACACAACUGGCUUGAAUUUAUCUACGAGAAUAGCGAGUUUCUUUCCAUCGCAAUCAUUAUUUUACACGCAAGGAUGUGGGACGCGUCGGUUUGUGUAUCCGGGUAAUCAAUUUGUACUACGUGAUAAUGCAUGUGGAAGUAUAAACUGUAUUAGCGUGUUCCAGUGCAUGCAAAAUUGCACAAUAUUUGUGACAUUUACGCAUUAUUAUAGUUACAAUAGGAGGACGGCUUACGUUUAUGAUGGAAACUCGACCGAUUCAACUCGCAUUGGGGUAGUAAAUUAUUAUAGAGCUGAGACGUUGACGUUUAUGGCAACAUCAAAUGCAGUAACUCUAGAACUAGAUCAUUUUACAACAACGUAUAGUUCUUGUCGGGUUGAUUACGAACCAGUGGAGAUACAUCUGUCGGUGUACAACAAAGAAUACCUUCUGAAAUCAUCAAUUACCAUAGAAAAUUCGUAUUUCUUAAACGUUAUGGGUUCAGUUGUAUAUAUUGUGGAUAAUUACAUCGAUGAGAGAAUUCCAGUUGAAGUGAGCAUAUCAAAAUCUACUUUUCAAAGCUGUUCCCAAACCAGCCAUAACAUUAUGAACCACACGAAUGGAAACUGUUCUAUCACAGGAAACCUCUUCGUGGAAAAUUAUGGAGAUUUGGCCAUUCACGAAGUAUCGACUGAUUCCAUAGUGAUGGUUGCACAUAAUUAUUUCCGUUCUAAUACGGAAAGUGGUGUGCUGUCCGUAAAAACGACUAGUGACUCCUCAUCAAUUUGGAUAACUGGCAACCAAUUUUACUACAAUAAACCAUCUGCUACCAAUGAUGUAGUAACCAUAAUGGGAAGAAACACAUGUGUCACUAACAAUGUGUUUUUUUACAACCACGGACGGCAUCUAAUUUUUGUUUUAGGAGAUAUUACCUAUGGUAACGGACUUAUUGAACGCAACAUCAUGAUCUUCAACACAGGACAACGUUCAGACGAAAGGUUCACCAUGUUAUUAGAUAAUAUUAACACUAAUAUUUCUAGAAAUUACAUAGUAAACGCUGGUAACGAAUAUGAAGUGGCACUUACAUCACGCGUGACAUCAACAGUACACGCUACGUACAACUGGUGGGGUGCAGAUGGCAUUUUUUAUGUUCAAAGCAGGGUUCGGGAUUCAAAGAACAUAAUUGAUCAUGCGUUCAUACAACAAGAACCGUUCUUAACUUUACCAUCUGAGGUACCAUUUUAUAGCUCAUCAUGUCCACCGGCAUACAGCUUAGAAGGAUCCAAAUGUUACAGCUACAAACCAGCUUCAGUCGAUUUUUUAACGGCUACUUCAAUUUGCAGAUUAGAAGGGAACACAAUGUAUCAGCUCGCAGUUUCCAAUUGCCCUAAUUACCGUCCAUCAGAUGUUGGAGACCUGAAAAGAUAUUUAAUCAUGAAAACCCGGGAAUAUUUCGAAACAAAUCGCAUCUGGAUUAAAUAUCGCUAUCCAUCAAAUGAGUGUUCAUAUUUGGAACUCAACUAUGGAAGUGGUAAACACAAGACUGGGACGGCUGAUUGUAACGAGCGAUAUCCUACUGUCUGCGAACGUGCCACAAGAAAUCGAUGUCCUAACAAUUGUAUGGGUAAUGGCAUGUGUUGGUAUAAGACAUGCAUAUGUGAUCCAGGGUGGUCAGCGAAAGACUGUUCUCAAUAUAUAUGCUCCUAUGGAUGCUCCAACCACGGUACAUGUGUGGGACCGAAUGUCUGUCGGUGUAAGAGUGGUUGGCAGGGAUCAAGGUGUACAUUUAGUUACUGUAUGCGAUUUAAAGACUGCAGGUCAUGUACUAAAGUAGAAGGAUGUGGUUGGUGUGAUUCGACACUCAAAUGUCUCCCAGGUACAAUCACAGGACCCGAAUUUGGAGUCCAAUGCGAAGCAUGGUUCCACAAUUACUGUUUUACCACUGGCGAGUGUUCCAACAAUAUAGAGAUACUUAAUUGCAAGUUAACCCACUGUGAUACAACGCGAUCAAGCCCAACGAUAGGCUCCUGUCAGAGUUGUCGAGAUUUGGAGCAAUGUUUCAUUGAAAAGCCAAGUGGAUGUAAUGUUUGGAGUCCAGACAUGUGUCCAUUCAAUUUGGUCAAUCCGAACUAUGCUGAUCCUAAAAGAAAGAAUAGUAUAGAAAUUAAUGAAAAAGUUCAAGUAAUCAACGUUGGCCAGAAUGCUGCAAAUCUUUACAUUUGUCCAGUGAAGAGGAACAAUGAAGUAUUGUUGAUAUCUAACAGAUUACUCGAGAAGACAGAAGUUUCUAAUAUCCUAAUUUCUAAUCAAGCACAAGGGAUUUUCCAUACUGUUGUGUCAAUACAACAUUUAUGGCGGCAUAGCAUGAUAAUGGCAAGUGUGGCGAAAUUUGACGAAGUAUUUCAGUACGCAAAUUUAAAUGAUGUUUUUGACGUAAUCCAAAUCCCUGAUUACAGCGAUUUGCCUGAUCAGUCAUUUUGGAACGAUGUUAUCAACACUCAGUUGUCCUAUCCUAUGAAAGAUAUAGUAUUUCUUCAAGAUGUUCAAUUUAACAAGUGCAUUGGAAGUAUGAAUGUGCUGGGAUCAAGAAAAUAUCAUUCAACUUUCGUCGUAUUGACUUCAGACAUUGCAACUUCGUACGCUAUUGAAGUUGGAGACAUACUCGUAGUGAACUCUACUGGUCAUUUCAUCGAAUCUGUUGUCGAAAUUGGAGACGAACCCAAUUCUAUAUUCAUUGAAACCAGUAUUUUAAACUGUAGUGACGAAACGAUACGAAAUGACGUAAUGCUAACACCGCCCUCUUCAGUCCUUCAUGAUAACGGAAACAGUAUUCUUGGAUGCAGUGGUGGAGAAUAUAACAUAGACGGAAUUGUUCUAAUAGAUAAAAACACAGACAAACCGCUACAGAUUGACACUACUACAUUAGUUAUUGGACGUGAAACAUGUGGCUUGGUCGGGAAGGUUUUACAUUAUGAAGUUCGAGGUAACUAUGCAUUUAUUGAGGUGCUGGUUGCACGUGAUCAUCAGGAGUUUAAUGACAUAAUGUAUAACGACAACGAUGAUGACAUUGGCAAUAACGACUCUCCAGUGGAUGUACACCUGAGUAAACCAAUAAUAUACAAUGACGAUGACAUUUUACUAGAAAUGGACCCACAUUUUCAGUUUAAUCCGUCUUUGAGGCUGAUUUUCUCAACUGACCGUAUAAAAUACAAACAACUGGAUUUAAUCUACGAAGGCCCGAUAGAGACGGGUCUACAUAUAAAUUGCAGCGCUGGAGUUCCGUUUGAUAAUGAUGUUGCAAAGCAGUUUGCUGUAAACAGAAGAACUGGUAAUUUCUAUGUUUCACUGGGAGGUUUGAAAAUUCCUUUAUCCGUCGGUUUAACAGCAAAAUACUCCAUUAUAGCUAGUAUACCGGCUUCUUUGGAAACCAAUUUUGGUGUUACUUCUACCGGAAAACUAAAUAUUGGGUACGGCAUUAGGCCCCAAGAAAAGAGACUCGUCGUACUUACACCUGUGGUGUCUGAUGGUUUAACAAGUUCAUCCAGGGUAAUAAGGUCAGAUUUGUCAAAUUAUACAAACGUCCGCAUUUCGGUAAAUGGAACUUUUGCCCCAACGUUAACGGUGACAUUUCCAGCCGAGCCUGUUCAGCCAUUUUGCAAUACGGCAUCUCUUCUCCCUGAAUGGCUAGCUUCAUUUGUUGGUAGUAGUACACACGCAACGUGUAGCAUAGUUAAAGAUGAAGAUGUACCUGUCGGUUCCCAAUUUUCGACUACAUUUCAAAUUCAUUCAAAUUUGACUAUUUUCUUGUGUGACGAAAGAUGCUUAGAAGAGGAAACCUUACCAUACGAUACUACGUAUGCUCUAUUACUGUAUGGUGGUCUCUCUCAGAUCAAUAUGGAAACCACAUAUAACCAGGUGUACCCAUCAAAAACAUCAUACCAGUCCACAAAAACCUUUGAUUUGACAGUAAACACAAGAGAGUGUAGUGCGCAGCCAUUCCUGAAUGGACUGGACUGUAUUGCUGAAAAAACAAGUGAAACCUCCGUUGAUGUAAGUGACAAUGACACGCUAGUGUACCUUUAAUAUAAGUAAUUUUCUACACAAUACAAAAACAUAUAUCUUGCCUGUUGUAGUUAUGCAAUCAUUAUUAUAAUAUUAUUUGCCAAGUAAUAAUGAUAUAACAAUGAUUAUUGCUACUACUAUUCUGAAUACUUACUCAUUUUGUUUUUAAUAGUUAUUAUACUUACUUACAAAAAUAAGGUAUUAUACUUACAUACGUAUGAAGCUCUGCUCUGUUUGACAAGUCCUCACACAUCCAGUUUUUCCAAACAUUUCUGUUUUGUGCCUGUUCCUUAACGCUUGAUAUGAGCCUAGAAGACUGAAGAAUAGUC